ACGGAGGCUGUAAACAAACAGUCAGGCGUUUAUAAAAACCUUACAGCAACCUUACCAGUCCGAGUGGAGGUGUACAAUCUAGUCUGGUCUCAACCAAAGCGCCGUGGUUGAAAGAAGAUACUCCCAGAUUUAAAAAAAAGAAAAUAAAAAAGUUAAAUAUAACUGUAGAAUCGCAAAGAAAGUGGUCCAUUGUAUACCUGCAUGCUGCAUGUCCGCUAAUCCCCCCCAAUCAUCACCCAACUGUGCCUCCUCUCCGUUUUGAUGCAUGGCCUUUCUUUAAAAACGAAUGCUAGUUGCCCCCCCCCCCUCUUGCAUGUUGUGCUGUAAAUGAGGCACCAUGACAGAAUACAGGGAUAACCCUCUGGCCCUGUUAUCCAAGAGGUCCUGCCAGGAUCAAACAGACUACGGGCGAGAGCUGCUGAGUCUACAUGCUGAUUUGGAAGCAGAGAGGAACCAAACUCUGUGGGCCUAUGAGCAACUCUGCGUGGAGCUAAGGCGCCUACGAGAAGAAGCAGAGUGGGAACAUCAGAGGGCUGUGGCGGAGCUGGCAGCCAGGCGAGGAACCUUAAAGGACAGAAACAAACGCAGAUUACUUCUUGAUAAACGGGUGAAUAUUAAAGACAGCGGACGAUACAAGCAGGUUCUGCCCACAGGGGGAAAAGCUCUUAGUUUCUGCAGUGAGCAAACACAACUACUGGCGCUGUAUGAGAAGAUAAUUGGUGAGAAGGGAACUCACAAACAUGAUUUUGAGUUGGACAAAGCCAUCUUCCUCUGCCACCUCCUAGAGGUCUAUGGAGGACUGUUGCAGGGAACUCGGAGAGCAAGAUCCACCAGCUGCAUGACCAAAAACCUGUUGAGGAAGCAAGCUCAAAAACCCAGCAGUGAUCUCUGUCAGACAUCUCCUCCCUUAACCUGCUCUAGACAGCCACUGCAGAGAUCCCACAGUGUCUUCCUGUCACCCAAAAGGAGGCCCAAGCUAGAUCAGUGGACGUCGCCUUUAGACUGGGACUUGCCAGCCGCUGCACCAUGGACGGCCCGAGCAGUUGGAGACACCUAUCAAAGCAGUUCUGUGCAAAUCUGUCCCCCUCACAACGGUCCACAUGCAGGUCGGGAGAAUCAUCUGUCCUGCUGGGCUGAGCCCUCUGGAUCAGGCGAGUCGACGGCCUCCAGAUGUUUGGAAAGACACAUGGAGAGAGUGAUGUAUGACCUGUGCACUCGGCCUGAGCAGCCCGAAUCUGCGCCAGCACACACAGAGAUGGAGAACCGCAACAAGGUGGAAGCUCCUGAGCAACAGCAGCAGGAGCUCAGGGGUUCGGUGCAGGAUGACAGAAAGCAACAAGGGCUCUUGGAGAAGGAUGUCCCGACCACUGCUAAUUUCACUGCUACGUCAUUGUUAGGAAAGAGGCACCACUCACUUUACGCCAACCUCAGUUCUUUUGAAGUGGAAGGUAUUCGAAAGAAUGGAACAGAUUAUGGAUUUUUGGUGCGUCAGAACUCUGAACUUUUGCGAGCCCUUGAUGAGCUGGAGAAGACUUGUGCCACGCUGAAGGAGGAGAAUGGCCUGCUGCGGAAGAGCAGCGCUCCAGAGACUGAGGAGAAGGUCAGGCGGUUGAGGAGGAAGAACACCGAGCUGGCCGUUCUCGCUAAGAGGCUGGAGGAGAGGGCUCGGAAGCUGCAGGAGGCCAACCUCAGAGUGGUGAAUUCCCCAUCGCUGAUGAGACCCGGUUCCUUGGACCAGUACAAAAGAGCCUUUGCCCGCCAGCGAGCGCGUGAUCUCGCCCAGCAUGCUGAUGUGCUGCUGUCGAAGGACAAGGAGAUUGCUGCUCUGCAGCGGGAGUGCAGGGACCUGGAGGCACGGCUUGGCACCACUAAGGGCUCUCCCGUUGAGUCUGGCACAGUGAAGUUUGAGAACCUGCUCAGGGAGUCUCAGAAGGAGGUGCUACGGCUCCAGAGGCAGCUGUCAGUCACUUCAUCCAGACAGCAGCACAACCAAAGCCCUGACCACGCUGGUACAGAGGAGUGCAGGGAAAAUGCCAAAGAAAAAGGCCAAGAGAAGGUUGUAGGAGAGACCCCGUGUGUGGCAUUAGAUGAAGCUCCAUCCAGGUGUGAGAAGACUCCUUCAGAGGAGGAGGAGUCGUGGCUGCGAGUGACUCCCCCGCCGGGCCUUAGCCCGACCUCCUCCCACCAGGAGGAACCCACACAAGAGCAGCGCAUACAGUUUCUGGAACGUGAGCUGAGCAAGAAGAGAAAAGAAUGUGAAAAUCUCGAGCAUGAAGUAAAGAAGCGACAGAAGAGAUGUCUGGAUUUAGAGAGCCAGCUUGAGGAUGAGCGAGGCAAAAAUGAGCAACUAAAGGAGGAGGCAGAUCUCCUCAGGAGGAAGGCUCAGCUGCUCGACCAGACUCGGGCUGACAAUGAGGAGCUGAGGGAAGAUCUCUCUGAAGUGACCGCUCAACGCAAUUCAGUUCUCGAGGAGAACCAGAGACUCCGUGCCAAACUGGAGAACCUAGAGCAGGUCCUACAGCAUAUGCGAGAGGUCGCCGAGCGAAGGCAGCAGCUGGAAUUGGAGCAUGAGCAGGCACUGGCUAUCCUUAAGUUCAAACAGGAUGAAAUCAAGCGGUUACAGCGGGCUCAGUUAUUCGCCAAGAGGGAACAUGAAGGAGUGGUUCAGAUGCUGGAGAGUACACUGGACUGCAUGCAGUCAAAGGUGCGUGAGCUGGAGGAGAAAUGCCGCAGCCAGAGCGAACAGUUCGGCUUGCUUUCCCAAGAGUUGGAGAAGUUUCGCCUACAGGCCUCGAAGGUGGACCUGUCCAGCUCCAGCCUCCUCAACAACCCCAGCCUCUCCGUUCUGACCAACGGCGUGGGCCUGACCACCGAGCGAGCUGUACCCAACCUCUUCCUCCGACACUCUUCGUGUGUUUUAGACUGCACUGGUGGCACAUGGGACAUGGUGUCUCUGGGUGAAAUAGCAUUCUGGAGUCUCGAGGGAGGUGACACCCUCCCCUGCCCUGAGGGUAACGAUUCAUUCGAUGUGGCCAGUGCACUCCGUAUGGGCUCCACCCCCCACGCUGCUGGGCUGUCCAGGGCAGAGCGCUCGCCGGUCACCAAGCAUCGGGAGCUGCCCACCAUCAGCGUCAGCAAGUCAGCGUCUUCCUCCAUCAAGUCAGAGACCACACAGCUCACCCCCAAGUCUGACACCCACCUCAGUCCACACAAGUCCAGCCCAACACACGAGGUGGACACUGCCAGUGAGGUGGAGGAGUUGGACAUCGACGUGGCUCCGGCCCCUUACACAACCAGCAGGGGAGCAGCCAAGCUUCAGGUUUUUAUUGCCAGAUACAGCUAUAAUCCUUAUGACGGGCCCAAUGACAACCCUGAAGUGGAGCUGCCGCUCACCGCUGGCGAAUACAUCUAUGUAUAUGGAGACAUGGAUGAUGACGGUUUCUAUGAAGGUGAGCUGAUGGAUGGACGGAGAGGGCUGGUCCCCUCUAACUUCGUGGAACGUGUAUUGGACGAUGACGUCAUGAGCACUCUUCCUCCAGAGACGGGGGACGUGUCCCAUAACUCCCUGCUAGACAGCAGCCUGCACAGUGCCAGCCACCAGCAUCACCUCCACACGGGCCCCAGCGCCCCAGAAAGGACAGAGGCCUCGGCUGCCUCUGACCCCGCCUCAGCCCCACCAGACGCAGCAUCGGCCCCGUCUGUCCCACCCCCCCUCACCAAUGGCCUGGACUUGGAUUUGGAGGAGGUGGGAGUGGACAUUGUGCCUUACCCACGUAGACUCACCCUCAUCAAGCAGCUCGCCAAGAGCAUCAUCAUUGGCUGGGACCCUCCGUUGGUGCCGGCAGGGUGGGGCAACGUGUGGAGCUAUAAUGUGUAUGUGGACCAGGAGCUGCGGCUCAACGUGCCCUUCGGCGCCCAGACCAAAGCGGUGCUGGAGCGGCUGGACGUGAACCUCAAAGCCUACAGGGUGUCGGUGCAAAGCCUGACGGAGAAGGGCAUGUCCGACCAGCUCCGCUGCAGCAUGCUGGUCGGCCGGGAUGUCUGUGUGGCGCCCACGCAGCUGCGCGUGGAGAGGGUUACCGCCACCUCUGCCAACUUGACCUGGCUGCCCAGCAACAGUAACUAUGUGCACAUUGUGUCCUUGAACGAUGAGGAGUGUGAGCUGGUGAAGGCUGGCUGCUACUCGCUGUGCCUCAAUAACCUCCUGCCCAGCCUGCAGUACACAGCCAAAGUGGAAGGACGGCCACACCGCACCCCGUGGGAGUUGCCUCCGGAGAGACGUGAACACAGGAGCGCCACCAUCCCCUUCGGCACGCUGAUGGCAGUUCCAUGCCCGCAGUCUGGAGAUUCAGGCCCCCCCGACGCUCCUCUGGACGUCCAGCUGGAGCAGGGCCCCUCACCAGGGAUCGCUCUCAUCAGCUGGUUGCCGGUCACCAUAGAUGCUGCCGGGACCUCCAACGGAGUCCGUGUUACUGGAUACACUAUUUAUGUUGACAAGAAAAAGGUGCUGGAGGUCUCUUCCCCCACAGCAGGCAGUGCCCUGAUGGGCCCCUCCCAGAUCCAGUCCCUCCAGGCAGCUCAGGAGCUCACCGUACGCACCAUGUCCGCCCACGGGGAGUCCUGUGACUCCCUGCCAGUAAAGGUGCCCUCCAAGCUGGCUUUCAUCAUGGCAGGCCCAGCCGUCCCUGCCCCUCUUGUGCCACCCAUGUCCUGCCCACCGGUCCCUUCGAGUCACUUGUCCCCACCACUAUCCUAUGGAAACGCUGCUGCCAAAGUCUCUGUGCUGUCCAGCACUUUGCCACCAGACACAUAUGUCCCCAGCCUUCCAGUGGAAGCUGCUGCCAACCCUCCUCAUGCUCUCCACUCAGAUCAUCUGUCAUCUGCCUCAUACGUGAUGGCGUGGGCCAACCCCUGUGCUGCCGCUGCCUUGGCUGCAUGUGAGGCCUCCUUACCACCAACGGCCUCCACCGUUAACACCGCGGUGAACAUGAUCUCUCCCAUCAACGCAGCUCCUCAGCCCGCUACAGCUGCAGCAGCUGCACAAGUGCCAGUGGUAGAGCAGCGCAGAGACACUGACAGCCCCGGAUCCAUACGCCCCUUCCCGUCUGUCACAGAGUUCAUCGAGGACCCCAGUGCCAAGCUCGGGACCCCCGAGCGCAUCCCUUCCCCUCCUAAAGCCCCGCUCACAGACCUCCUAAACCCUCAGAGCACCCACGUCCACAGACCUCCCAGCUCUUCACCGCUGGAGUCGGAGGUGGAGGAGGAGCUGGAGAAUACUCGCCUGGUGUCCAUCGAGGAGUUCUUAAGACCGGACCAAGAGCCAGCUUACCGAGGCCAGCAGCAGAGUUAUGGCAGGGGCCCCGUGGAGCAUCCCAGUGACUACAAUGCAGACAACAGCCGCUCAGACCUGUCUGACAUCCUGGAGGAAGAGGAGGAGGAGAUGUACUCUGACCACCUUGGGGAAACACACACCAGGGGAUACAACAGGUCACGCAGGUUGGAAACACCCGACAGUGAUGAGGAUGUUCUUGAGAGGAUCCUUAAGUUGCCUCCUCAGGUGCAGCACAACAAGCAGCUGUUCAGCAUCGCCGAGGUGACGGAGGACGAGGACAGCAGUCAGGAAGAGGCUUUGGCCCACCGCAGCAGGCCUCGGCAAGGGCCCGGCCACUGCUACCCCAGAGACUCUGAGCGGCUCCAUCAUUCCUCCCAGCAUCACCCGCAUCAUAGCAACCCACACUCCCACCAUCACCACUACAACAGAUCCGUAACCAAAGAGACCUCGCUCAGACACGAACCCUCGCAGGUCAAACCCAAGGCCCAACAUAGAGUGCACUAUGCCGACACUGUGGACACCGUGAGUUAUCCUGAAGAUGAAAAUGCAAGUUUAUAUGAAGGCCCCAGCAGCAGACGGGUCUCAGCCCGCUGUCCUCCCAGACCGACCCCCAACAGCAAAGAAAAAGGGCUGCUCAGAGGGCUAGGGGACCGCCUUAGGAGGGAGGCCAUGCUCAGGAGUCAAAUGGCUGUCGCUGCCAUGUCGAACCCCCAGCAUGGCCCCACUCCCCCAAGAUCCUACCCAAUCAGCAAAACAGUACGGACUGUGAAGUCGCCCGUCGGUCAUGGGAUGGAGAUUGACGUGGAGUACGGUACAGACAUGGAGGAGCCCGGGGACUACAGCUCCGGGGAGGUGGUGAUGGAGCAGAUGAGCUCUGAGUGGUGGGUGGAAGGGGCUCCGGUGGAGCACGGCAGGCCUCCUCAUCGCCGAGCGCUGAAAGCUGAGCCAACGGAGCCCGGCCAGAUCCCUCCUGCUGUGGCGGGGCCGUCGUGGGGGGGCCAGGCAGAGCCUCCCUGUAAACCUGCCAGCUCUCAGGCCAGGCAGCUAAAAGGUGAAUCAGCAAAGACGAAAGCAGACAGUGAUGUUCGCAUCUUUGUGGCGCUCUUCCCGUAUGAUCCUGCCACCAUGUCUCCCAAUCCCGACGCUGCCGAGGAGGAGCUUCCCUUCAGCGAAGGACAAAUCAUUAAAGUUUACGGAGAUAAAGACACGGACGGGUUCUACCGAGGGGAGUCCAGCGGUCGUCUGGGAUACGUGCCGUGCAACAUGGUGUCGGAGAUCCAGGUGGAGGAUGAGGAGACGCGGCAGCAGCUACUGCUGCAGGGUUUCCUGUCCACAGCGGCUUCCAUCGAGAAGAUUGGCACUCGCACACAUGCACAGCUUCCACGUCGCCCUGUUCCACCGCCGAAACCGAGACGAUCCAAGAAAGUGGAGUCUGCAGCGCUCCAGGAGGAGAGCGUAGACUCCCCAGGUCCAGAUCCCGGCCACCCUUCCGCCCCUGCAGCUGCGGGGAAACCGGCCUCCGGGGCUCGUAAGAUGAUCGCCAUCUUUGAUUAUGAUCCACGAGAGAGCUCCCCCAACACAGACAUAGAGGCUGAGCUGACGUUCAGCGCGGGAGACAUCAUACAUGUGUUUGGUGACAUGGACGAAGACGGUUUCUACUACGGAGAUCUGAACGGACACAGAGGCCUCGUGCCCUCCAACUUCCUGCAGGCCUUUCCUGAUGACGCCCCGGCAGAACCGGUCUGUGCUCCGCCUGCACCAGAACCCAGGAAAGAGUCCCAGGACACUUGGACGUCCUCCACAGAGCCUCAAGGUUUUGGCCCCUCAUCAGUAGAAGCAGCUUCGCACCCCCGGACUGAACCUCGUAACUCUGACAGGACGGAGCACACGGUCCUGAAACCUCCGCCGGAGCCCAAGACGAGCCCGACGUCAGACCUGACCCCCCCACCAGGUCCAACACCAGGUCCGGCUGCAGAAAUCUGCUGCGCUCCUCCGGCCCCCCCUCCCUCAGACAACCCGGCACCCCCAGAGUGCUCCGUGCAAGCGAAGAAGAAGAAAGGCUUUUUCUCCAAAGGCAAGAGACUCUUCAAAAAACUGGGAUCCAGUAAGAAGGACUGAGACGGGAUGUCUGACUCAGAAACUCUCGUCACUCUCGUUAGAAGCACUUUUUCUGUCUGCACUCACAUUGAUGGUCAUCAGAUCUGAUACCUGCCGCUUUAUACAUCAUCGAUUAUACUAUUGCCUUAUAGUACUGCUAGACAAACUGUUACGUAUGGAACAGCAACGCUCGCGUUUCACAAGAGCAUGUAGAAGUGCAUGUCAAAAUUAACAGAAAUCUACUCCGAUUGCUUUCUAAUCAUUAACUGAACAGACGCUUGAAACAUACAGUAAUAAUCUUCUGACGUAUUGGGUUUAUUUAGAAGAUUCAGUGCAGAACAGACAUGAUCCCAAACAAGAACCAGCUCAGUAAAUAUUAGCUUUAGUGCUCCUGCACUGGUGCCACCUUAUUUAUUUAAAGCAAACAAGCAGAAGCAGCAGGCGAGAUGUUCCUCUGUCACUUUUAACAAUGCACUGUCCAUCCUGGGUGGACGUCUGGAACUAGCCUGCUCCCCACGUCGGUUCCCGCCUUCAGGAGUACUUGUUCGGUUUGUUGUACAGAAUGUUAUUUAUUUGUCUGUUUGUUUGCUUUAUGGCGUGAAGGCAUCAGGUGAAGAUGUUAGUCAUGUGACGACGACGUAGACGGCGACGUACAGACCGCAUAAAUCACUAGUUCGAGGUCAUCGGUCGUAACUGAUGAAGUUCGGUUAAGUGUGUGUGUGUGUGUGUGCGUCUGCGUGUGCGUGUGCGUGUGUGUGUGAGAGCUUGUUUUACUGAUUUUUUGUGACGUCUGGGACCAACAGCGACUGUUGGGUCCAGUAGAUUUAUGGGGGCUAAAAUCGGAACCUCGCAAAUUUGUGUUUUGAAUUUUUUGUUUUAGCAUUACAAUUAGAAUUAUCUAAAAACUACAAAGGGAAGCAGAGAAUGUACUACAUGAAUGAACGUGUGUGUGUGUGUGUGUGUGUGUGUGUGUGUGUGUGUGUGUGUGUGUGUGUGUGUGUGUGUGGUCGGUCCACAGUCAAGACUGAUAUCAGAUGCCUUUCUCAGACAUCAACACGUGAACUCUUGAUGGCCUAAAUGGUGUGAGUGAGAGAACUGGUUUUUGUGCAGAAAUGAGGUGCGUCUCAUCAGAGGCUCAAUGGGCUGCACCGUUAGCUAGCAAAGACACAUCUGAAGAUCAUCACUAUCAGUGUUUAAUUAUCCUCUUUUGUUGUUUUUUUGUUUGUUUCACUAAAACACUAUCAAAGUAAUUCCUAAAUGUUUGCAUCAAACAAACACAAUAUUCAGUAUUUGAUGCUUUGCUGAAUUGAUUAAAGUGUUAUCACAGUAUUGCAACAAAGUUUGACUUGGUUCAGCGGGUCAAAGAUGGACAAAAGUCAGACGCUCCACUCCACUGAGACCUGAUGUUUACUGCAAAUAGACAUAUAAAAGUGUCAGUGUUCCCGGGAUGCUUCCACCGGAUAUUCAGAACCUUGUCACUGAUGUGAAAAUGUAAAGAAAAAGUGUGUUUGUUUUCUCUUCUAAAGAUUUUGUACCCCCUAGUUUCAAUAAUUAAGUGGCUUAAUGUAUGUAAAUGGGAAAUACAAUACAAAGUCUUCCUUUUUUGAUGAUAUUUCUUUGCAUUUUGAUAAAUUGGCACCAUUCAAAUGUAUUACUGACUAUUGAGUGGCUGCACAGCUGUCCCCAGAUGUCUGAAAUUGCCCCACACUCACUAUAUACUGCCCUGCGAAGUGAAUAUGUAGCAUGAAUUGUUAUGACCUGUGUAGUGCACUUGAUGAAUCCCAGAGUGGAGGAUGAAAAGUAGUGGACGACCGAAGGUCGCCACAUUAGCCAGCGGCAGUCUGUUACGUUUCAUCUGAGGGACAACAGUGACGUUAACAGCAGAAAAAUAAUCCACGUUGUGUCUGGAAGUUUAUUCUGCACUUAGACACACUGACUAGUGCACUUUGUAGUGAGCAGGGGGCGAUUUUGUGUUACUAAAUCAAAUGUAAUAUUCUUUGGCAAGCACACUGUUCAUUAUAACACGGCUGUCGAUUGUAUUGUACAUUUUAUUUGCGGUGCACAUGGACGUCCUCAGCGUUGUGCACAAAGACUGUAAGAGCACUGGCGCUCGCUCGUCUUUCACCUCGUCCUGUGAGCUCGGCUCGUGUCUCGCAUCGCACUUUGAGCACUUGUAGAGAAGUCAAAGGACUCGUUGCACCUCCUGCUAAGGCGUUCGGCUGAGUCGCCACAACGUUUAUAUGAUUUGAUGAUUAGAUUUAAAGAUGAGCAGCUCUGUCGACGUGGUGAUCCUGUUUGGCGUGAAUGUGGCGUGUUUGAUUUUCAGGCCAGGAACGUAACUUCCUGGAACUCCAGUUUUCAGUCGUUGCACUAGUGGUUGGUGGCGCUGCUGUACUGUGAUAGACUCUGCAAUAAGUCAUUUAUAUACCCUGUCUUUGUUUGCCUCCUCGUUAGGAUUGUACUGAAGUUCAUCUUGCAGUGUAGAAACAUCGGGGCGGACGUGAUCGACGGUCUUGCAAACGUGCACGUUUGUUAUGAGGCUCUCUGUCCACUAACUCUGCAGCGUGGCUUCUUAAAUGCUUCAUAGUUUUGUGUUGCAGUUAAUUUUAGCUCUACAUCAUUCAGUUUCUUAGCCUAAUAGCACAGAAGUGGUAGUUUAGUGGUUUGUGAGAGGUUUACUGAAAUGAAAAUGUGGUAAAAGUGGACCAGAUGUGCAGAUCAGGCCUUAGCAUCCAGUUGUUUUAGUCACUCGUGACACAUUCAGCGCGCGGUCACUCGUUUUCAUAAGAUUUAUCUCUGUUAAGUGUGAUCCAGGGCUGUUGGGUAACUUCUCAGGUUUUCACUCAUAGUUGUUGACUCCAGCUGUCAAGAAGCAGCAGAAUAUGCCAAACUGUUAGGUGCUUCUGCUCGUUACCGUGGCAACGAGGGACAGUUUUCCAGCAGCUUGGGGGAUAUUCAGCAGACUAGUCUCGGCGUUUCUUAGCUUUUUUAUUUAUUUAUUUUUCUUUUCAGUUAUCUUUUCUCCUUUUUUUUCUUUAAUGGAAAUGGACGUUCACGUUGGAGGCUUUAUUUUAUUUUAAUGUCUUUAACGUCAUGAAUGUUUUUCCUCGUCAGCGAUACAUAAAGGGAGCGCGAUAAUGCCAAGAACAAAAGGGAAGGUGGGUCGUCUGAGACACUUUAGAUGUGAAGUAGCCGGGAUAGAGGCAAGACGGAGGCAGUACUGUACGUUCUCUUUUAUUUAUGCUCUUCUUUUUAUUUAAUUUCUCAAGAAAGUUGCUGAAAUGUACAGCGAAUAUUUGUAAUGACUUUGUAUUUUGACGGCCUUUAAUGCACAAGUAGUUCUCUCGCCGCCGCGUAGCGACUCCGGAGGCUCCUCUGUGGAGCCACUCGCACCUCGGACCGUGUAGAUAGCAUCUUAGCUCAGCUGAUCAUAUUUAGCCUUACAUAAAGACCUCGUUUAGUCUUAACACGUUGUUUACAGGAUGUUUACCGACUGCAUGCAUGCCAGUCUUAUACCCAUGUUCAGCCUUAUUUAUCUCGCUGUCGCGUUUCAUGGUUUGUUUGUUUUUUCUCGGUGGACUUGUCUACAAUGUUUUAAGUUGUAGAUCGUCGAUGCAGUGAAGAGGAAGCUGUAGAAGCUCUGUAUAUACUGUAACGAACAGUGUCGGGACUUGUGGUAUAUUUUCAUACUUUUAUUUUUCUGUGUUUCCUUAUCUGCAUUCAUUGUUUGAAACCAGUGUAAAAUUGACCUUUUUAUAUAAUGUAUGAAUGUUUUUAUUACCCUUUUUGGAAGCUCAUCUGUAUAUAUUUUUGUUAAUAUUGUUUUUUUUUUCAGAUUUUAUUGUUUGUUCUUUUUGCAUGUUCAAGCAGUGUCGAUGGAGGACUAUUACCUAAAGACGGGGUUCGCAAGAGGACUCCUUGACUUGAAUUUGUGACGGUUUCUCUCAAUGAUGACCUUUUUACAGGAAUAAAGUA